AUGUAUCCCGGAUAUCCUCCUGCCGCUUUCGGGCCGACGCAAGCGGCGCAGGCAGCAGGGGGAUUUCCAGGAGGCCCUUCUAUGAUGCCAUCCGCUCCGCAACCAGCUGGCGUUGCUGGCGUUGCCGGCGUUGGUGCUGCUGCGCAACCUUUUGGGUUCCAGCAGAUGCAAGGAGGACAACCCCAAGGAUUUCAGGGGACGGGCGAGCAGCAGCAGAUGGGAGGUGCCAGCCAGCUUGCAGGAGGCCCUGGGGCGCAAACAAGCCAAGACCUGCCUGUGAUCAAGGAUCUCAUUGCCGCAACAGGCCUCGUUAACAGCAACUGGAUGAAGGCCAAGCCCCACCUGGUGUAUGUGCUCGUAUAUGACUUGGUGGUUUCUGGCAAGGGUACACUGGGGUCAGGAGCGGUUCAGAAGGUAGUGCUGUCACACAAGGCGGCUCUCAGAGCGGCGCUGGCUCGGGUGCUGGUGAAGCAGCGAGCAGCAUCAGUGGAGGAACUGCUUGGUCCCUCCAGUGACCCACCUGUUGCUGCCUACCCCCGCUAUGCACGAGUCAACACCCUGUGGACCACCUCCGAUUCAGUGUUGGUGCAAUUUCAGGCCGGCACUUCCCAAGAGAAUGGCGGCAAGGAGGGAGGGAUUGAUGCAGGCGCUAGCAGCAAAAGUGGGGAUGGUGAAAGUGGCGCUAGCAGCAGUGCAGGGAGUGCAGGUUUGAGGGUGGAGGGGGAGGUUUCAGUACAGCAGGACGAGCUGAUCCCAGACGUGCUUGUCUUUCCCCCGGGCACAGAGCUGCACCGACACGCUCUGGUGGAGAAAGGCGACCUCAUUCUGCAGGGUCGCGCCAGCUGCUUCCCCGCGUUCAUCCUCGCGCCUCGCCCCGGGUGGCAUGUGUUGGACGCAUGUGCAGCGCCGGGCAACAAGACAUCCCACGUGGCUGCACUCAUGGCGAACACAGGGCGGCUCACAGCAUGCGAGAGAGAUGCCAAGAGAGCUGCUCUUUUGAGGAAGAAUCUGGACAAGGCCGGGGUGACGUGUGCACACGUGCAUGAGGGGGAUUUUCUCGCCAUCGACCCUGCCUCACCUGAAUUCGCCGAUGUGCAAGCCAUCCUGCUCAACCCCUCCGAGGAGACCUGCUCCUUUCUCAAUGGGAACCUCUUGCGGAGUAAUGAAGGAUUCGAAACGCAGCAAGUCGUGUGGUCGCCGUUGAAACCCCUCCGAGGAGACCUGCUCCUUUCUCAAUGGGGCCUCGUUGUGCGCCCCUGUGUUGCGUGUGUGCUGCUACAUCCUUCCCUCUCCCCCAAUUCCAGGGCUGGCGGGAGAGGGAGCAAGGGCGGGGAGAGUGGAAGGAGAGGUGGGGGGAGAGGCGGGGGGAGAGGCGAGGUGAGAGGUGGGGGGAGAGGUGGGGGGAGAGGUGGGGGGAGAGGCGGGGGAAGAGAUGGGGGAAGAGGCGGGGGGAGAGGGGGCAAGGAGGAGGGGAAUGGGGGGAUUGAAGGAGCAGAGGCCAGCAGCGGACGCCAGGGGGAGGACGAGCGGGUGGAGAGAUUGGCUCGUUUCCAGGAAGCCGCGCUGAGGCAUGCCCUCUCAUUCCCAUCAGCAGAGCGCAUCACCUACAGCACAUGCUCCAUCAACGAGAGGGAGAACGAGGCAGUGGUAGCAGCAGUGCUCCCUGCGGCUCUCUCCUGUGGCUUCCGCCUCGCCCCGGCCCUGCCCGCCUGGCCCAGGAGAGGGAUGCUGUCCUACCCUUUUGGUAAGUACGCCCCUUUCAAAUCCGCCAUGUGA